AUGUCGCCCACCGUCACCCCAGCCCAGAUGACCGCCAUGCGUGAGACCUUGCUCAACACAUCCGGAAGCACCCCGCUUCACGAGCGAUUCCGGGCGCUUUUCAUGCUGAAAGCUAUUGGGAGCGAUGAGGUCGUCAAGAUCGUUUCAGAUGGCCUCGCAGACCCAUCGCCUCUGCUCAAACACGAGCUCGCCUACGUCCUCGGGCAAAUGCGCAACCCGCUUGCCAUUCCAACCCUCGAAGCCGUCCUGAUCAACGAGCAAGGCGCACACUGCUCGAUGGUACGGCACGAGGCUGCUGAGGCCCUCGGGGCGUUGUCGAGCCAGAGCAGUCUGCCCUUAUUGCGAAAGUACCUGGAUGAUCCGGCGAGGGAAGUGAGGGAGACGUGUGAGGUGGCGGUGGGGAAGAUAGAGUGGGAUUGGUCAGAGGAGGGAAAGGCGCGGAAAGCCAACCCAAACUUCCCAACAAUAGACCCCGCCCCAUCCUCCUCGUCCACAUCCAUCCCCUCCAUCCGCGCCGAGAUGCUCAACCGCAAACUCCCGUUGUUCGAGCGGUAUCGCGCCAUGUUUGCGUUACGGGACUUUGGGGGUGCGUCGAGGGAGGCGGUUUUGGCGUUGGCGGAUGGGUUUGGGGAUGAGAGUGCUUUGUUCCGUCACGAGAUCGCCUACAUAUUCGGCCAACUCUCCUCCCCCCACUCCAUCCCCUCUCUCCUGCACGUGCUCUGCAAUCAAUCCGAGGACGAUAUGGUCCGGCACGAAGCGGCCGAGGCGCUGGGCGGGAUCGCGUCAGACGGGAUCGACGACGAGAUGGACGCGGCGGAUUCCAAGUUGCCGGACGGGGGUGUAUUGGCGAUUCUGAGAGAGUGGGCGGUGAAGAUGGAUGCGCCGCUGGUGGUGCGGGAGAGCUGUCAGGUUGCUGUGGAUAUGUGGGAGUACGAGAACUCGACAGAGCAGUUCAAUCCCCUUGACGGGGUCGAGAAGGCGUACACGACAGGUAUGGAACGGAGCGCGGCGAAUGCGCUAGCGGCUGUGGCUGCUUGA